AUGAUUAACAUUAUUUUCUUAAGAGAUAAUUUGCAGUAUGGCGAAACACUCAGAGAUGUGCGAGCACGACUUGGAGGCUUUACCGUCUCUACUAAUUUGAAGCUCACAUAUUUGACUAUUGAAUGCAUCGAGGAAUUCCACAAAAUCGGCUAUAUUCAUCGCGACAUCAAGCCGUCGGCAUACGCGAUCGGACUGGAAGCUGAUGCGUCGCAUGUGUAUCUCGUCGGAUUUGGCCUCGCUCGCCGCUAUAAGGCGACUGGCAAAACAACUGUGGCGAGCCACAGACGACAAGAACGUUCACGCAAAGAUGACGUGGAGAGUUGGUUCUAUAUGUUCGUGGAAUUCUUCCUGUCAUCAACGCCGCUCCCAUGGGCAGGAGAAAAGAACAGUGAAGAAGUUCUCAGAAGGAAAGAAUACUUCCUGACUUCUACGGGUUUCCAAAGAGUAAUUAAGAACUGCGACGGAAUUCCACCCGCUACCAACAGAAUUUUGCGCCAGCUGGGCACAUAUCAAUACGAGACAUGUCCGGACUACCACCUCAUGAAGAACAUUUUCCGCAAUGCCAUUAUAAAAGGCAAUUUUAAGUCGGAGAAGAUGGACUGGCUAAAAGGAAAGGAUAGUGACAUGGUUGCCGCAGGUGCUUGUGAAUCAAGAAUCUUUGGUGAAAAAACGGAGACGGAAAAAGAAUCGAUCCGUGUGGAAGAAGAAUACGUUCUAGGCCCCAAUGAACAUCGACUGAUUUAUAAUAAGAGAUCGACUAAAACCGACUCACCGGCUGGUUGGUUGCAUUCAGUUGUUUUCAAUAUAACACAGAAGGGAUGCAUAUAUGAACCGGCUCGAGCAUGCGUUUUUUUUUUUUUGUAA